AUGACUUCUUGCCCAGAGAUCUGUGGGUCGGAGUACGGAGAGCAAGUUCAAGCCAAUGGGAACUGCCAGCAGUAUGGAGUCCGCUCCUACCUACACCAGUUUUAUGAGGAGUGCACAGCUUCUAUUUGGGAACGCGAUGAAGAUUUUCAGAUUCAGAGAUCACCUAGCAGGUGGAGCUCUUUACUCUGGAAGGUCUGUCUCGUGUUCGGCUCCCUAAUCUUGGUGUCAGGCUUCAUCAUUGUUUUGGUGGGGUACACCACUCCAACCAGGAUUGAGGCAUUUGGAGAGGAUGAUCUACUUUUUGUUGACAGCCAUGCUGUCAGUUUCAACCGCGCCCUAGACGUCUGCAAGCUGACGGGUGCCGUGUUGUUCUGUGUGGGCGGCACCUCCAUGGCUGUGGGCCUCCUGUUGUCAGCCUUUGCCAAAAGCUAUUCCAAAGAAGAAUUGUAUCUGCAGCAAAAGUUCAAGGAGAGGUUGGCAGAUCUGCACGCAACAGUUGGUACCCCCAUAAUGAGAGCACCCACCCCCGGGGAGGGAAAAGUGCCAGUCACGCUUUCCAAAGUCCAGAACAUCCAGCCAGCAAACUCAAAGUCGGACACCUGA